UGCAUUUUGGCUUUCCAAUGUCCAGCGUCCGCACAGUCAACCCCAACGCCGAGGUCGUCGCCCGCUCCCAGGCGCUCCUCGUCAACGUGAGCGCGGCCAAGGGCCUCCAGGGCGUCCUCAAGUCGAACCUCGGCCCGCGCGGUACGCUCAAGAUGCUCGUGGGCGGCGCCGGCCAGAUCAAGCUCACGAAGGACGGCAACGUGCUCCUGCACGAGAUGCAGAUCCAGCACCCGACGGCCGCGGUCAUUGCUCGCGCCGCGACGGCGCAGGAUGACAUCACGGGCGACGGUACCACCUCGACCGUGCUCUUCACGGGCGAGCUCCUCAAGCAGGCCGAGCGCUUCCUCUCGGACGGCCUCCACCCGCGUGUGCUCGCCGAAGGCUUUGAGCUUGCGCGCGAAGAAGCGCUCCGCGUCUUGGACCAAAUCAAGGUUGAGAAGAAGGAUAUCUUGCAGGACCGCGAGCUCCUCGCCAGCGUGGCCCGCACGUCGCUCCGCACCAAGCUCGACCAGCAACUCGCGGAUCAGCUCACGGAGAUCGUCACGGACGCUGUCCUUACGAUUGCGACGCCCGGCCGCCCCAUCGACCUGCACAUGAUCGAGAUCAUGCACAUGGUGCACCAGAGCGCGGCCGACACGCGUCUCAUCAAGGGUCUCGUCUUGGACCACGGGUCGCGCCACCCGGACAUGCCCACGGAGCUCGAGAACUGCUUCAUCAUGACGUGCAACGUCUCGCUCGAGUACGAGAAGAGCGAGGUCAACUCUGGUUUCUUCUACAACAGCGCCGAGCAGCGCGAGAAGAUGGUCGAGGCCGAGCGCAAGUUCACCGACGACAAGGUCAAGCAGAUCAUCGAGCUCAAGCGCCACGUGUGCACGGACGAGAACAAGGCGUCGUUCGUCAUCAUCAACCAGAAGGGCAUUGACCCGCUCUCGCUCGACAUGCUCGCGAAGGAGGGCAUCCUCGCGCUCCGCCGCGCCAAGCGCCGCAACAUGGAACGCCUCACGCUCGCUUGCGGCGGCAUGGCCAUCAACUCGACCGACGACAUGGAGCCCAACAUGCUCGGGUACGCUGGCCGCGUCUACGAGCAAACGCUCGGCGAGGACCACUACACGUUUGUCGAGGACGUGCGCCACCCGCAGUCGUGCUCGAUUCUCAUCAAGGGCCCGAACGAACACACGAUUGCGCAGAUCAAGGACGCGAUCCGCGACGGUAUCCGCGCCGUCAACAACACGAUCGAAGACAACGGCGUCGUGCCCGGCGCCGGCGCCUUUGAGUUUGCUGCGCACCAGGCCCUCUACGCGUUCAAGGAGACGGUCAAGGGCCGUGCCAAGCUCGGUGUCCAGGCGUUUGCCGACGCGCUCCUGGUCAUUCCCAAGGUGCUCGCCGAAAACUCGGGUCUCGACGUUCAGGACGCGCUCUUGGCGUGCCUCGAAGAGCACAAGGCGUCGGGCAAGGCCGUGGGCCUUGACCUCUUCUCGGGCGAGCCGAUGCUGCCGCUGUCGGAAGGCGUUUUGGACAACUACCGCGUGAAGCGCCAGUUUAUCCACUUGGCCUCGGCGCUUGCGACGCAACUGCUGCUCGUUGACGAGGUCAUGCGGGCAGGCCGUCAGAUGGGCCGCAGCCAAGAGCCCCAGGGCGCCGAAGAGUAAGAAGAUAUUACUCUUGUCAUCCGCCCGGUAAAGUAGGUUAGUCGUAAUACACAACAGUUGAACUAUGCUAGGAUUUGUCCUAUCUCGA